AUGAUAGGUGCUGUUGGUGAUGAUGAAUUCGGUCCAUCCCUCAUCUCCUCCCUCAAAUCCUCCCUCAUCGACACAACCUCCGUCCAAACCAUCCCACACCAAUCCACCGGCGUAGCGGUAAUCCUCGUCGAAUCCGACAGCGGCGAAAACCGCAUCCUCCUCUCCCCCGGCGCCAACCACUCUCUAACCCCCCAAACCUUCACCCACACCACCUCCCUCGGCACACCCCACCCCGACCUCCUAAUCCUCCAACUCGAGAUCCCCCUCCCAAGCAUCCUCCAAAUCCUCACCACAGCCACCAAAAACCACAUCCCAGUUCUCCUCAACCCGGCACCCGCUCAAAAACUCCCCCCCUCAGCCUACCCCUCCAUAACCCACCUAAUCCUCAACGAAACCGAAGCCGCCAUCCUAACCUCUCGUCCCAUCUCCUCCGUCGCCUCCCCUACCUUCGAUUGGCGCACUGUUACUUCGGAAUUUUUAUCCCUCGGCUGUAAGACUGUUAUAAUAACACUUGGAGCUAAAGGCGCGAUAUUCGCUACGGGGAAUACGUACGAACAUAUUCCUGCGGAGAAAAAUGUAAAGGUAGUUGAUACGACCGCUGCUGGUGACACAUUUGUAGGAGCCUAUGCUGUUGAGUUAGUGCGGAAUGGGGAUGCUGAUGUAGAUGCUUUGGUAGCUGCUGUGGCGAAAGCAUGUAAGGCGGCUGCGCGAACUGUGGAGAAAGAAGGGGCUCAGAGUGCUAUCCCUUGGGCUGAUGAAGUGGAGAGAUCGAUCUUGUAA